AUGGACAUUGUCACCAACAACCCCGGCAUCUCCCAGCUGUUUGACGACGCUCUUCCUGCCGUUGCCGGCGGCCUCAACACCAACAACUUCCCCUCGCUCUUGUCCGAGGCUUCCGCCACCCUGUCCGCCUUCCAGGCAGGCACCGACUUCCCUCGAGUCAGCUCCGGAUUCCUGGCUCUGAGCGCCGUCGACAUCCCCCAAGCCCUGCAGAACAUUCAGGGAAACCUGGCUAACGUCUGGGCCAUUGUCACUCCCGAUCUGCCCUCUCUGACCCCCGAGUUUUCUAGCGAGUGGGACGCCGCCACCGCCCAGGUUCUUGGACUUGGUCAGCAGCUUGGAGUUCUCCCCGGAGGAGCUGUUUCGGGUUCUGCUGAUGCUUCGGGUUCUGCUGUUGCCUCGGGUUCUGCUGUUGCUUCCGGCUCGGCUGAUGCUUCUGCUACUGCUGAUGCCUCUGCUACCGCCGACUCUUCUGCUGAUGCUUCGGCUUCGGCUUCUGCUUCUGCUUCUUCCUCCGGUGCUUCUGCCUCAGCCGACUCUUCUGCAACUUCUGCCUCCGCUGACGCCACCUCUGCCGCCUCUGGCUCCGCUGCCGCCUCUGGCUCCGCUGCCGCCUCUGGCUCAACUGCUGCUACUUCUGCCGCUUCUACUUCCUCCGGCUCUGCUGCCGCCUCCGGAUCCGCCGUUGCCUCCGGCUCUUCCAACGUCACCUCCCCCAACGUGACGGCCUCUACCGGAGCUGCCGGCUCUUCGUCCGCCACCGGAGCCUCCAACAUGGCUCCCGAACUCAUCAACGCCUCUUUCAACGCCAAGCUCGCCGCUGGAGUUGUCAUUGCCGCCGGAUGUGUCGUUCUUCUCUAA